AUGUGCAUUGUCAACGCACGUGCGAGGUUCAAUCCUCCUUUACCUGUUGGCUAUUAUGGCAAUGCUUUUGUGUAUCCGGCAGCAAUCACCACUGCAAGGAAGCUUUGUGAAAAUUCAUUUGGGUAUGCUGUGGAAUUAAUAAACAAAGUGAAAAGUGAGGUCAAUGAGGAAUAUGUGCGUUCAGUGACAGAUUUAAUGGUUAUAAAAGGACGAUGCUUGUUUACAACUGUUAGGUCUUGUAUUAUAUCAGAUUUGACACGUAGCAGGUUUAGAGAAAUUAAUUUUGGGUGGGGUAAUGCAGUCUAUGGUGGAGUGGCCAAAGGUGGAGUUGGGUCUUUUCCGGCAGUAACUUUUCAAGUGCCAUAUAAAAAUGCGAACGGAGAAGAAGGUAUAAUUUUACCGAUUUGGUUGCCCACCAAAGCUAUGGAAAGGUUUGUGAAAGAGUUAGAUGAGAUGCUGUGGAACCAAACUAAAUUUUCUUCAUAA